AUGUUUUGUUGUCCUACUGUCAGAUCGCGAUUGAUCUUCAGCACAGGCUUGCUCAACUUGCAGGUAAUACCCCCAUCUGCUGUCGACACACUUCCACUGAGUUUCUAUUUUAGACGUGACAAGGUCGGGUGCGAUGGGAACAGACCUUGUGGUGUAUGCACGAAGAAGGGAUAUGCGCCAAACCAGUGCGUGACGGGCUGUGGACCUUGUCGGAGGGCGAGGGUGCGAUGUGAAGAUGGAGCGCCAUGCCAUCGUUGCCGGGAGAUGGCAUUGCCUUGUGUCGAUGCGAAUGCAGAAGCACGGCGGAGCAUUCAACAGAAUUCCUUUCCGCCUAGGAGCGCUCGGCCGAAUGGUAGGGAGCGGGUCAAGCUCGCGUGUGAAGCGUGUCGUAAGGACAACAAAAAGUGCGACGAGCAACGACCUUGUGGACGCUGCGUAAUCCGGAAAAAGGAAUGCGUAAUGUUGGAACGAGGGCCAAAAUCAACAAAACUACGCUGUGAGGGCUGCCGGAAGGCUAAUAGGCGAUGCGACGACCUAAGACCGUGUGGUCCAUGUCGAAAUGCGAAUGAAGAGUGUAUCAAUACCAAGAGGCAGGGUGGACAUGGACAUCGAGUCAAGCAGGUCUGUGUAUCAUGUCUCUCCGAGCGGGAUAAGAUACGCUGUAACGGUGAACGACCCUGCACGCAUUGUGAUCGUAAGAAUUAUGAGUGCAUUGAUCGGGCAUGUAAAUCUUGCUCUUCCGCCGGAUACCCUCAUCUAUGUAGUCACCGAGCCGAAGAUCCCGCUGGCAUGGAUACUGGUAUGCGCAUUCAACACUUACUUAUUCUCACACCGUCUCCAACGUGA